CAGCGACAGAAGGUAGUAUUGUAUACUGCCACACAACAACCAGAAACAGGAAUCUGAGACUCUUGAGCAGCAAAGAAAAGCACAAAGAAAGGACACAACAAGCGCUUGAGGAGGAAACGAGAAGAAAAAAGGAAAGAUGAUAAACAGACACUAGAAAGCAUAAGAGCUCUAAGCAUGCCUGUAUGCUCUGCAUCUGUGCUCUACCUACUCCUCUUGCUGCUGUGUGGGCUGCUGGGAGGCUGGGUGCUGUCCAUCUGCCCCGCUGCCUGCUCCUGCAGUGGAGGCCAUCGUGUUGUGGACUGCUCUUCACGAGGCCUGACCAAGUUACCGCCUGGUCUGCAGCAUAACAUUCGUUUUCUCAACCUUUCUUUUAACAGCUUGCACGGUCUGGACAACCAGCUCAGCCACUAUGUCCAUCUGCGCACCCUGGAUCUGUCCUACAACCGCCUGGAGAGUCUCCCCCCUGCCCUGCCACGGUCUCUGUGGGACAUUCGAGCAGCAGGGAACCAUCUACGCUCUCUAGACAAAAAUGACACAGCCUACCACUGGAACCUGAAAGUACUGGAUCUAUCAGAUAAUGAGCUAGAGAGAGUGGUCUUUAUCAAUAACACACUGUUGAGCCUACAGUCUCUUAACCUCAGUCAUAACAGGUUUUGGACAGUGCCCACAAACAUGCCACACAAUCUGGAGAUCAUUGACUUGUCACAUAACUAUCUGUUGCAGAUCCUGCCCGGAUCGUUGGAUCGACUGCCCCGACUGGCCCAGUUUUAUUUGCAUGCUAACCGCUUCACCUGGCUGUCUGAGGGAAUCUUUGAUGACCUAAUAGGACUGGAGAUUAUUACUCUUGGGGAUAACCCCUGGGCUUGUGAAGAAGAAGAACACAUAACAAAGCUCCUUAGAUGGUCAGAGAAAACCCGUGCAACCGUUUUGGGGUGCCCCUGUUAUACAAGACCCAUCUGUGGGCAAUCCCAUUUACCAGUAACAGGAAGGGAAAGGCACUCAGCUCGGUUUACGGAGCCACCACUCUGGGUUAACAACAGAAGUGAAGGGCAGGAUGUUCAAUUGCCCCCAAGGACUGUAGAGAACACACCUAACUAUCAGGCGAAGUCUCCACUUGUUGACAGUGGAAUGUAUCAGGGCAAAGCAGGUAUGAAUGAAUCUGGGGAUCACAUCUGGACAUCUUCAACAAGUAUGGAUAGUUUUUCUUCACACACAAGCACAACAGAACAUCCAAGGUCUUUAACCAAUAAGCCUAAACUAACUCGUUUAUAUAAUGAAGGCUGCAAACUGGACAUCAAACCUCAACAAACAGUCAUUCUGUCUGUUGUAGUCAUGACAACUGCACUCACCACCAUCGAAACUACAAUACACAUAGUGUAACAGUUAUUAGAAUCUUGUGGACACUAAAUCUAUAAGUCAUUUCCUGUAUGUAGCAGUUCCAUUUUCAUUUGCCGUAUAAAAACUGUUGCAACUGUUGUUAUCGUCAUGACAAUAUCUCUUAAAAUCCUGUACACAAAGAAAAAUGUCAGAGGUAAACAUUUAGAUUACUGCUUGAACACAUGCUGCUGGGUUCAUUUAUUAGCUGAUUCCUAAUCAAUGCUAUUGUGCUGUUUUGGUCGUACCAAGGCAUUUAGAACAGUGCUGUUCACAAUAAGAAGCCCAAAAUGUUUGUAAUACAAAAUACUUUCCAAUUUACCAGUUAAAGACUAACAAUAGGACAGUGUGUAAUACACACACGUGAGCAUGUUCUCCUCCCGUUCCACUAUGGGGACUGCCCAACUGCCUGCAGAGAGUCUGUUGUCAGACGGAAGCAGUGUUUAAAGCAUGUGAGCCAAUCUGUGAGACAGUUUUGCUCAUGUUGUUGCUGUUGGUGAGUCAGCCAGCCGCAAAGGAGAGUGAAGCUAUAACAUAUAAAGAGCUUAAGUGAGAUAGAGUGUUAAACAUAGUGAAAAGUGUGCACUACGGCAACUGUGUGUUUCAUGCUGUAUUUUUUAAUUUCUGAAGUUUUUUCCCCCCCAGUUCUUCUGUUCCGAGUGAACUCGACUAUCGCUAUUGCUUCCUUCUCUAUUCCAGGCCACUGGUCAACCAAUCAACUUUCAGCAGUCGCAUCUGCAUGGGAGGACUGCAUGGGAGUGUGUCUUGGGUGGG